AUGUGGGCUCGGCACAGAUGUUCCACCGACUCGUCCGGUAGAUUCUCGUGCCUCUCCGGGGACUGCGGCACUGGGCAGGUGGCGUGCAAUGGGGCGGGAGGAGCGCCGCCGACCACGCUCGUCGAGUUCACCCUGCAGGGCGACGGAGGCAAGGAUUUCUACGACGUGAGCUGCGUCGACGGCUUCAACGUGCCGGUGUCGGUCGUUCCCAGCGGGGGGUCGAACUGCGACAGCACGUCGUGCCGGACGAACAUCAACGCGCGGUGCCCCACGGAGUUGCAGAUGCUGGCGCCGGACGGGAGCGUGGUGGGGUGCAAGAGCGCAUGCUUAGCCUUCGACACGGACGAGUACUGCUGCAGGGGCCAGUACGGUGGCCCGGACACAUGCAAGCCCACCAGCUACUCCAAGAUGUUCAAGGAUGCGUGUCCUCAAGCUUAUAGUUAUGCUUAUGAUGACAAGAGCAGCACCUUCACCUGCGUGGGGGCUAAUUACGAUAUCACCUACUGCCCUUGA